CAUGUCUCAAUGUAUGUGCCUUCCCUCUCUUCUACCUUUAAUUUAGGACUACUUCUACUUCUCUCACACACACUUUCAUGGCAACACAACAAAUUCUAUAUAUAAAAACAAACACUGAUCACACACACAUAACAACAUUAAUAGAUCCUAAUUUGAUCAGACAUGGAGACAAGCCCACAAUUCGAUCUUCACCAGUUUGAUGAUGAAUGCGAUCGCUUCUCCACCGGUUAUCUCCAAGAUGUCCUCUUUCAAUUCACCUCCAAGCGAAGAAGCAUCAUCGACACUGCCUCCAUCAAGAACUGGACGUCAAAUCUGAUCCAAAAUUUCAAUCAAAUCGACACCAUUUCCGCAGCCCCUGCUGUGGAGGGCAGCACAGCAGGGGAUCCAAGCCCCCCUGAAGAUGGUGCUGUUUCGGAAACCUAUGAUUCUUCUUCUUCUUCUCAGAAAGAAUCACCUGAGAAAGGAAACCUAUACUACUGCAUAGACCCCAAUAUUUUUGCUUCUGGUGGUAGUGGCGAAAAAAGGAAAAAGAGGUUGGUAGCAAAAGUGGUAUACCCAUUUGCUCUAGUGAAGCCCGGGGGGUUCGAAGGGGAUGCAACGCUAAAUGACAUCAACGAGAGAAUCCUAAUGCCCCCUACACGGCCGGUCCGACACCCUGUGGGCGACUUUGCUUGUCGGCCGCUAGUCUCGCCUGACGGACUAGGUCUGUCCGGCAAGGCUGUGGUGGCCUUCACAAGAAUUCAUACACAAGGGAGAGGCACAAUCACUAUAGUUCGGACAAAAGGUUGAUGGGAACAAUAAAUUAAUUUCAUGAACACAUUUUCAUGCAAGAUUUGGAUAUGAUGAGGAUCCUACCUAUGUAUACUGGUGCGUUUCAAUGGCGAUGGGUAUGUGAUAAUGAGAGGUAUAAUUCAAAAGGAUAGAGAAGGGAAAUACUAUGUGUAGAUAUUAUGCGUAAGUAUGUAUGUAGUUCAUUUGUUUUUAUUUAAUUUGAAAUCUUAGACUUAAAUUAAAGUUGAAGUGACAAUCAAGCAAGGAAAUUUGCGUUUUUUUUGUUUUGUUCUAUA